GCGUCCAGACUCGCGCCCUGCUCUCUCCCCCGCCUCUAGGGAGCUGCUCGCGGACCGCCGCGUCCCGGGGCUCCUGCUCGAUGCCAUGAAACUGACCGUGAAGAAACAGCGGAGGAAGAUCAAGGCCAAGAUGCUGGGGACCCCCGACGCCCCGGGGAGCAGCGAUGAUGACGAUGAUGACGAUGACGCCUCUUGGUUGCCGCCUCCUGGCGUGGAGGGGACGAGCCCACCCUCACCCCCUGGAUCCAGAAUCAGGAGUUUCUUCAGCUUUUGGUAUUGGGGAAACCCAGAGCCUUCCUCAGAGCUCCCACAAACUGAAGACCUCACCCACCCCCAGGAGGAGCCGCCACCGCCUCCCCCUGCGUCCUCGGCGGGGACCCCAUGAUCACCGGCCUGACCAGCCCUGGCUCAGUUCUUUCAACAAACAUGGCAGAUUGUGGGCUUCUGGGCAAGCAGCCCCUUCGUUCCUGUCUAUCCCCAGCUCUGUGAAUGCCUGCCACGGAGCAGGUGCCUAAUAAAUGUUUGUUGUCCGAC